ACUACCUUGCAGCCACUAUCGGCUCAACAAAACGUACCGAUGGUGUUAUUAUCUUAACAACCACUUUUAAAACACGGUCACAGGGCUUUACUACUGCGUAAUUUAGACAUUGAAGUCCUCCUAAUCAACAACGGUCUGGUCACCGCCCUUCCUGGAGGUGCUGGUCCCCACCCAAGCUUCAGAUCAGGUGAGCAUAACCUCGCGUAGUGUUCUCCUUUCUCACCGAUCGGACUAACACAUGAAAAGCGUAGGCUGAAGACCACCUUCUCACCAGGUCCUUCACGCCGUCCCGCGACGCCUCGAAUUUAACAUCGGCCCCACACUUCGACAGUGCUUCGAUCGACACCUAUCACUGUGCGCCCAUCUAAUUCAAAUGACCGGCUGUGCAGACUUUCUAGGCGAUACCCAAAGACAGGCGUCUCCUAGUUUUGUGACGGUUAAAUACUUUGGUGUGAAUGCGUUCAAGUUCUUCGGUGCAGAUCAGAACGUGACGGUGUUAUAUCACCGCAUUAUGACGGUUGCCAACCAUCGUUGUCCAGAUGCUGAGCAGGUGGAGUCGAACUCGACUUCUUACCUUUUGGAUGAGAACCCCUUGCAGAUUGAACUCAUUGAGUUCAUAUUGCGGGUUCAGAGAACAGAGGAGGGAAUGUGGCCAGACAGAAGAACAUUGUUGAACUUGGCAGCUUGAAGAUCGAGAAAACGAUGAACGAGAAGGAGAGUCUGGGAGAACAGAAGUACAUCACUUCCGAUCCCAUCCCAAGGAAAGAGAGUGUAGAACCUAGUAAUGAUUCGCCUUUAGAUGUUCGCGCGCGUAUAUGUAUGAUCGCGAGGAAAUCAAGGAGGGAGCUCACAAAUGUCGCUGCGGCUGAGGUGG